AUGACUGAAAUCAAGGCGAAAUCCCCGGACCGCUCUGGUCUCAGGUGGGUGCGGAACAAUCUGGACUAUCUCGAGCCUCGAUGGACAAUCAAUCCUGACAUGACAGCCAUCAUGGAGACCGCAAAGAGGACCCUCGACAUCCAAGGUCCUUGCAGCAUCGGGUUCCUGACAGAUAGUACCUUCAAUAAGCUUUAUGUCGUCGAGUCUGCGGGUCAGGAGGUCGUGGUACGGGUAACACUCCCUAUUGAACCAUGGUUGAAAACCCUGAGUGAGAUUGCAACGUUAAGUUGGGUCCGCCAGAACACCAGUCUACCUGUCCCAGAUAUCUUGGCUUACACAGCCGAUCGCUCCAAUCCCAUAGAGUUCGAAUGGAUCAUCAUGAACAAGAUACCGGGCGAGCCUCUGGCUGAUGUAUGGAAAGAGAUCCCCUACUCAGCCAAGGAACAGCUUAUUCUCCGCAUUGCUUUGUUCUUCUCCGAAACCUUCGAAAGUCAAAUGCGAGGCAUCGGCAAUAUCUUCCCGGACGUGCCCUCAAGGCAGACUUCAACUUUGUCCAAACUUGAUGCAGCAACAAUCUCCUGUGCACUAUCCAAUCUCUCUGCGGCAGCCGACUUUCCUAGCCAACGGCCACAUGAGAACUCAGAGGUUGGGACAUCUUCUGCGCCUAGCUUCACUGUUCAGAGGUUGGUAUCUUAUUCUUUCAUCGGCGAGCAUCCUUACUCAAAACUUUCCUGCGCUCGACUGGACUUUGUAGAGCUCGAUUGCAGUAUUCGUCUGCGUCGUCACGAUGAUGUGGAGUUCCUUGAGACAGCUAUGAUUCUUAUUACAAGGCUUCGGAACCAUCUGAAAGAUGCAUUUCCUUCCACCGGAAUCGAAAUGGCGUCGACAGUCAUCUUUCAUGGUAACAUGGAUAGCCGCAAAAUUUUGGUUGAUAAAGUGGGAAAUCUCACAGCCGUGGUUGACUGGGAAUGCGUUUCAGCUCUACCAUUAUGGAUGGCCUGCCAGUAUCCGCCCCUCCUACAAAGCAAACCACGUGAUGUCGAGCCAAAUAAGAGCAGUUAUCAGCACGACGAGAACGGAGAAGUGACGGCGCUCUUCUGGGAACAUCUGGAGCAUUAUGAACUUACUCAGUUACGUCGGGUAUUUAUCGUGGAAAUGGAAAGGCUACAGCCUGAGUGGGUGGCCAUUCAUAAGUAUACUCACCAUCAGAGAGAUUUUGAGCUCGCUGUUACACUAUGCGAUGAUGAACUCUUUAUGAAUAGAGUUCGGAAAUGGUUGGAUGACCUGGAUUCGGGCGCUGAAGUAGUUGUUGGGCUUAGAGAACGCCUAGAUACUGCGUGUGAUCUUUGA